AUGUCACCUCAAACAGUGUUGAUGCCACAGUUCAAGCCGCAGGCACAUCCCAGAGAAGUCAUUUUCAUGAGCCUUCCGAGUGCUAUAAAUUCAAAUAUCGGCACAGUGCGGAAAAUUGCCGAUGGUGCAGACGAAGUUAUUCGUGGUCUACGAGCUCUUAAUUGCGAAGAGAGGGAUCCCUGGCUAAUCUUCAUUUUACUUUCAAAAUUGGAUAGCGAUACCCGCCAAGCCUGGGCUCAGUGCGCAGAAUCCGAGGAAAAAGGUGUGACCAUCAACCGAUUCCUGAAAUUUCUCACAUCACGCUGCGAUACGUUGAAGGCUUUUAACUUAACUCAAUCAACCCAAGCUCGACGCGCAGCUACCACGCACCACGCAGACACGCAUCCAAGACGGGAAGAGCCGAAGUGCACAUCGUGCCAGCAGAAUCACCAACUGUUUAAGUGUCCUCAAUUCAUCGCACUCGACAUUGCAUCUCGCCGAGACUUCCUCAAAUCAAGAAAGCUCUGUUUCAAUUGCCUCAGCCCGGCUCAUAUGGUGGGCAACUGUACAUCGAGGCAUACUUGUCGGAUCUGCCGCUGCAAGCAUCAUACUUUGGUUCAUGGCUCGUCGCAGCCAAUUCAAAAUGGCAACAACAUUGACACGGCAAGUGUUGGCAGCCGCGAUCGACCAGCAGUCUCACAUGCGGGAUCUACAAUUGGCCACAAUCAACCGCUAGCUCGAGAAGGUCAUCGCUUGGGAAGCGAGACUCCCGCGGAAAACAACUUUACGCAUCAUACUCUGGAGAAUAUUCCGGCGGCUGGUUCUCAGAGUCUGUUGCCAACCAUCCUUGCUGACGUCAUCGACGCCUGGGGAAAUACUACAAUCUGCAGGCUGCUCCUGGACACUGGAUCUACAAUAACCUUGGCAUCGGAAUCAUUUGUUCAGCGAAUAGGCGUGCGUCGAACGCACGCACGGAUUUCUAUUCUCGGUCUCGCCGCCAACAGCGCGGGCGUUACCCGAGGACGCGCCCAUAUCAAGCUGCGCUCUCGUCAUUCGGGCCAAACUGUCGAAUUGGUCUCGUUCAUUCUCAACUCACUGACGUCAUCACUUCCUGCCCAAGUUAUUGACACCUCAUCCUCUACGUGGAGGCAAAUCUGCGAGCUUCCUUUGGCAGACCCAACGUUCUGCACACCUGGAGCAAUCGAUGUCAUUGCUCUUACUCUGCAUUCAAUGAUUACCCUACUUCUGCGGUUACUCAUGGUUCGUUCAUUCAUGGAGAUGGACAGCAUUCAGCCCAACCAGGCUCUCCUGGACGCCAGCGAUCCCACAGAGCGUCAUUUUGCUGCCACACACAAGCGCUCAACGGACGGGGUGUACGUCGUCGAGUAUCCCUUCAAGGAGAAGGCACCGCCUAUUGAUUCGACCUUGCCACAGGCCAUCAAUCGCUUCUUCUCGCUGGAACGCAAAUUUCGUCGGCAUCCAGAAUUGAAGCAGCAGUACGAAGCCUUCCUUGCAACGUGGACAUAUGGAACAACUGACCUCGGCUCAGUUUUUGAUGGAUCAGGAAAGGACAGCUCUGGAGUAUCGCUCAAUGACAGACUACAUAUUGGUCUACCGAUUCAACGCGAUCUUCUUGGCGUUUGUCUACGCUUCCGGCAGCACCAAUAUGUUUUAUGCGCAGAUGUCGAAAAGAUGUUUCGAGGCAUUAAAAUCUUUAAGCCACACACCAAUUAUCAGCGCAUUGUUUGGCGCAAGACUGAGAACGAACCUCUGCUUCAUUUUCGCCUGCUGACGGUUACCUACGGAUUGGCACCGUCACCAUUUCUGGCUGUUCGAGUUCUAAAGCAACUUGCCGACGAUCAUGGCCAUGAAUACCCUGCAGCAGCUCACGCUCUUCUGCACGAUGCCUAUGUGGACGAUAUCCCUACAGGCGCCAACACAUUCGAGGAGCUUAUGAUUCUCAAGGACGAACUUAUAGACCUCUUGGAUAAGGGAAAAUUCAAGCUACGCAAAUGGAGUUCUAAUAGUUGGCGUCUUCUGAAAUCAAUACCAGAGGAAGAUAGAUGUUUUGAACCUAUCCAGCUCCUCAACAAAUCAGCUGCGGAUUCACCUGUCAAAGUUCUUGGUAUCCAAUGGAACCCUGGGAAGGACGUUCUGUAUCUCAACCUAAAGGGAUGCGAUGCGACCAUUUUUCCGAUGAAAAGAGAACUCUUGUCUCAGCUAUCAAGAAUUUAUGAUCCGCUUGGACUGGUAGCGCCGGUCACAGUUCUACUCAAGUUAAUCUUCCAAGAAAGCUGGACAAGUGUCCUGCAGUGGGACGACCCCAUUCCUGAAAGUCUACGUACGCGCUGGAGAGCCUUAGUAGAGGAUUUCCCAGCACUUACGCAAUGCCAAGUACCACGGUAUAUUGCGUCACCAUUUCGAGAUGUUCAACUACACGGAUUCGCCGACGCAUCCUCGCACGCCUACGGUGCGGUAGUUUACGCUCGAGUUGCAGUUGGAUGCAGCUUUCAAGUAACUCUAGUUGCCGCCAAAACACGGGUGGCCCCGAUCAAGCCCGUAUCAAUUCCACGUUUGGAGCUAAACGCUGCGUUACUUCUAUCUCGAUUGCUGUCUAUUGUCAAAGCAUCACUAACAAUUCCUCUUUUCAGCACGAGCUGCUGGACAGAUUCAGAAAUUGUGCUACACUGGCUUUCAGCUCCCCCUCGACGGUGGAACACCUACGUCUGCAACCGAACUUCUGAGAUAUUGAGCGACUUUCCCCGUAGCUGCUGGAACCAUGUUCGCACGGAAGACAAUCCUGCUGAUUGUGCUUCCCGAGGACUUCAUCCGUCAAAGCUUCUGGAGCAUCGACUGUGGUGGAAAGGUCCGUCCUGGCUGGCCACACCCACCUCUGAGUGGCCACCUUCUACAUGCAAGUUCAGCGUAUCUUCAAGUUUCGAUGUCAACACCGAAGAACGAGCCAUAAAGCCCACGACUCUACAUAACUUUCCUGAUGAAAGUAUACACGAGUUACUCAUCCACAAAUUCUCAACCUGGACGCGUCUUAUAAGGGUAUCUAGCUACUGUCAUCGCUUUAUUCACACUCUUCGAUCUCAUCAUAGGAAUUCGGCAACAUUCCUUACGUCUGAAGAGUUGCUGGACGCACAGCGCCGACUUAUUCGACAUGUGCAACAAAAAUCCUUUGCCAGAGAAUAUGCGCAGCUAGAGAAUCGACGCCAGCUUAACGGUAAAUCGCAUCUUAUCCGGUUUUCUCCGUUUCUGGAUGAUUAUGGAGUAAUGCGAGUCGGUGGGAGAAUCGAGCAAUCUACACUCAACUACAACCCCAAGCACCCGAUUCCGAUACCUAAAGAUACACCACUAGCUGGACUGCUGGUUCGACAUUUUCAUGUCUCCUAUCUGCACACUGGAGUUGAUGCAACGUUCACCAAUCUUCGUCAGCAGUACUGGAUUCUGGGAGCCCGCAAUCUCGUCAGAAAGGCAGUCUUCCAAUGCAAAUCCUGUUUUCUUCAACGAAAGGGCACAAGCAACCAGAUCAUGGGAGAGCUACCAAUUCCUCGAGUUCAAGCUAGCCGCUGCUUUCAACACACAGGGCUGGACUACGCUGGACCGAUCGCAAUCAAGGAAUCAAAAGGAAGAACCCCACGCAUCGGAAAGGCAUGGUUUUCUAUUUUCGUGUGCCUCACUACAAAGGCACUUCACAUCGAGGUUGUUAGUAAGCUAACUACACAGGCUUUCAUCGCAGCCUUUCAACGAUUCAUUGCCCGCCGAGCGAAGCCUACUGACCUGUAUUCAGACAACGGAACUACAUUUCAUGGAGGCAAGCGAACUUUGGAUGACAUGAGACGUCUGGCCAUUCAACAAGCCAAAGAUGAGGAACUAGCAGGAUUCUUUGCCAAUGAAGGGAUUUCUUGGCACUUUAUACCCCCGUCUGCUCCCCAUUUUGGAGGGAUGUGGGAAGCUGGAGUUCGCUCAAUUAAACUCCAUAUGAAACGGAUACUUGGAUCAAAGGCUUUAACGUUUGAGGAGCUCUCUACUGUCGUGACCCAAAUUGAAGCUAUCCUGAAUUCACGCCCGCUGUGCCCAACUGGGGAUAAUUCUUUGGAUCCACUGACGCCUGCUCAUUUUUUGACUGGAUCUCCGUAUACUGCAUUGCCUGAACCCUGUCGUCUGGAUAUGCAAGUCAAUCGAUUGGAGAGGUGGAACCAGCUGCAAGCCAUGGUUCAAGGCUUUUGGAAAAGGUGGCAUAUGGAAUACCUGACAUCUCUUCAUGAGCGGACAAAGUGGCAUCUGGAAACCGAGAAUCUGAAGAUCGACACACUGGUAGUACUCAAGGAGCCCAAUCUACCGCCUUCUAAAUGGAUUCUUGGCCGCAUCACCGCAGUGCACGCAGGAAUCGACAACAAGGUCCGAGUCGUUACAGUGAAGACUGCUCACGGGUUAUACAAACGCCCAAUUGCCAAAAUCGCUGUACUACCUCUCUGCUGA